GAACUGGUGCUAUCUUACCACUCAGGAAUCAGGAACAGUGUUGCAUAAGGACGGAUCAUGGGGAUGUCUGAGGACCGUCACGGUGAUUGAAAACUGUCAGAGAAGGACCAGAAGUCGAGGUGUGAAGCCCCUCGAGAUCAACAUGAAAACAUCCACUUGCUUGGAUGAUCUGACACAUGGUUGUCCCAGACACAUUCCAGAUUGUUCUGAAUGUUUGAAUGAGACAGAGGAUUUCCGGGAUGUUUCCGGAGGGUUCCGUGCACACGGUACGUCUGUGACAACAUGACCAUAAUCAUAAAUAACCAACUUGACCAGCAAAUGCCAGGACAGAUAGAGGAGAGGGAGUGAAAAAUAAAAGGAAGAAAUGAACACUGGAACUUUUAGCCACCAGGACCCCCCGUUUCUCCCAUACAUACCCAAGUGUCCAUCACUGUGACCUUUGACCUUGUGCGUCAUUUGUAAUCAGGCACACCCAAGGCAGCCACGGCAUAUCUAACCCUCAGCCUGAACUUCUGAUUCAAUAAGUGCUUGUGUCUCAUGCCACUCUUCUUGCUAAUCGGACAGUUUUAAAACGACCCUAACAUUCAUUUACGCUGAGCCACUUGCUGAAGCUGUUCCUGGGUCAGAGUAAUGAUGGCAGCAGGCUCCCCUGUGCCUAGAGAAUUCCAACCACACAGAGCGUUCUGGCCGGAUGAGGCUGUGAUCCAGGUUGGGUCUCGGGACAGGGGAUAGGAUGGGUGAUGUCAGCAGAGUCAUGUCACUGCCACAGUGCUGUCGGCUGUGAGACUACGUCAGUCCCAGGACGGAUGCGAUAAGGGAAUCCCAGCACUUCCGAAAGGGCUGUUUCUCAAAAAGGGCUGUUUCUCAAAAAGGUAAAACCAAAACACACAAGCUGCAAUUGUGGGGAUAAUUCACACAGUUUUGAACAAUGUAUAUUUUUCUUCCAGACUCAGAUAGUCUGUUAAGUUGUAGCUUCAGCGAACAGGCUGCAAACAUUGGUCAUUAGUCUAUAGGUGAUCAUGAUCCAUGCAAGCCAGUAGGAACAUCACAGAGUGGAAGGUUUUUAGCUGAGACCAUCACCACUCAGACCAAACCUCAUUUCAUUUAAAUUUCAGUCGUGGUCCCAGAUGGCUAUCCUCAAUACUGGAGAACACCAGUAAGUCUUAACGUCUUUGUCAGAAAGAAAUGGUCAAUGAAGCUGUGGCCCACUUCAACCACACCAUUGGAAAAACAAACAAACAGUGGGCCUAAAAUCUUCCCUGGCUCAUCCACCCAAACAAGAAAAAGCACCACCACCCUAACAAGGAAGAGACGUCUGCUGGUAUCACAACGAUGUUUACAAAGUCCUCAUUAAGGAAAGAAAGUAGAUAACAGCACACACUCUCACACGCACACAGACACUGGGACACCAUCAGUACUGAAAAUGCAGAGCUUCCCAGUUCUUAGAUAAGAGACAGAGAGAAAGCAAGAGAUAGUGAGAGAGAGAGAGAGAGAGAGAGAGAGAGGGAGGAAAAAACACAAAAAGAAACGAGAUGCCGCAGAGGAACUUGGUGAAGCCACCCUGCAAGCCAAACGCUUCAGACUUCAAACACACUUCAAAAGGUGGACAAAGGAAUAAAUGUCUGAGAUCUGAGAGAGGAGUGCAGUGCAACUCUGAGCAGAGACAAGGCGCAGCCACCACCACUGUAGGACCAGUCCUGCUCAGCUCCAGCAGUCCACUUGCUCUGCAUUCUGGGCAAGAACCACCAGGAACCAUCUGGAAGAGCAAGUGCUGAGAAGGACGUUUUCCAGCAGCUUCAAAACCAAACCAGCCUUGGAUUUAGUAUACUUCCCAGGAUCUACAAAGCUUAUCUUCUAGUGUAAAGCCUCUGGUGUGGAGGGCACAUACAGCUGAUACCAGCUUCACUUUUGUGUCUAAGCAUGGCUGGCACUGGGGUUUGGAAAUAUUGGUUAAUCGCCACCACAUCUUGCCUCCCUUUAAUCCUGCUCCUCCUGGGUCCUUACUCUGGGGACUCCAGUCCCAUUGGCUCCCUGGAGAGGCAGCGUCCUGCCCCGGGGCGAGACGAUGGCCAUGGGGAGUUAGUGGACCCCUCGUUUCUGGAGCAGAACAGCGAGGUGGACAUGCAGAACCUGCUGGAAACCCUGCGUGGCCAGUUCCUGAGAACCUUUAACCUGUCGGGGCCUGGGUCCGCCCUGAUGCCUGGGGUCCCCCGCGUGGAGCCCCCAGAGUAUAUGCUGGAGCUGUACAACCGAUUCGCCCACGACCGCACCACUAUGCCGUCUGCUAACAUCGUACGCAGCUUCAAAAAUGAAGACUCCUCCCCUCGCAAGAUGGGUGAUGAUGGAGUGAGGCGACAUGCCCUCCUCUUCAAUGUUUCCAUCCCCCAUCAUGAGCAAGUCGUGACAGCUGAGCUCCGCCUCUACACCCUGGUCCAAACUGACCGCCACCUGUACGCCGGUGUUGAUCGCAAGGUGACCGUUUACGAGGCGGUGCCCCGGGAUGCCAACAGCAGCCAACUGGAGACGAGCAUAGAGGAGGACACCCAGCUAACAGUGCUGGCGUCCCGGCAGGUUUACUGCACAGACAGCGGAUGGGAGUCCUUUGAUAUGACUGCCGCCGUGCACAACUGGCGCAUGUCUGACGCCAGCACCACCCACAGGCUGGAGGUCCACAUUGCAAGUCUGAACGUGGAGGACAUAGCUGGGUUGAACAAGACAGAAUUCGAAAGUCCCACCACAGAUGGGGACAUGGAAAUUGACACAAGCCCAGAGGACAGACACAAGCCUCUGAUGAUUGUCUUCUCCAACGACCAGAGUGUAGACCACAGAGGAGACCAACAGGAGCUGAACGAGAUGAUCAACCAUGAAACGUCGGGCCCAGGACUGAAGGAGAACCUGGAGCUGGGGACUGUGGGAGAUGACAGACAGAACCAGGAUGAGGAACCAGACGAAGAAGCUCUGCUCCAGAUGCGCUCCAACCUCAUCUAUGACACCACCUCCCGGAUACGAAGGAACGCAAAGGGCAAUCAGUGCAAGAAGAGCUCCCUCUACGUGGACUUCAAAGACAUCGGCUGGAACAGCUGGAUCAUAGAACCAGAAGGCUACGAGGCGUACGAGUGCACAGGGAUGUGCACUUACCCCCUGACCAAACAUGUCACCCCAACCAAACACGCCAUUGUGCAAACGCUCGUCAGCCUCAAAAGUCCCGUGAAGGUCUCCAGGGCCUGCUGCGUUCCCACCAAACUAGACCCCAUCUCCUUGCUCUACCUGGAUGAUGCGGGCGUGGUCACCUACCAGUACAAGUAUGAGGGCAUGGUAGUGGCGGAGUGUGGGUGCAGAUAGGGUUUCAUGGGGAAGCUGCGAUGGUGGUCAAAGUCCCUGAGAAACUGGGAAACUUUCUCUGGAGAAGAGACUGUAAGGAAACUAGGAGAAUGUAGAUUCAGGCCAGAAUAAGACAGAAGGUGUCCCACAGAAGGAAUAUUCCUUUGUAAUCUUAAAAAAAUAACAUAAAUGGAAUGAAGUGUGAUUGUUAUUGGCACACAGAUGCUUGUGUAUGCGACUUUUCAAAGGCGUAGAAAUUGGGAAACUUUUGGCUAAAUAUUUAAUGUGCCUUAAGAUGAGAAUUUUUUUUUUUUUACAAUAGCAAGACAAGGAAUACUGUAAGAGGCAAGACAGCAAUGUGUAUAACUCAGAACAGUCUCUGAGCAGUCUCAGAGACACCUAACACCAGACUGAGAGGAAUUACAAGAAAGCAAAACAACCUGACAUAAACUAAUCAGGAAAAAGUCCAGCUUUCCUUAAAGCUAAUGUCAGAAUGUUAUAAGAAGUGAUUGACAUUUCAGGUUGCCAGAUCACAGCAGAGGCAUGUGACACAUGUUUAAUGUGUAUGAGUUUUGAAAAGCCUACUUUUCAUUUGGUAGCAGAACAUGCCAAUUUACAUGGAUCUCCUGUUCCCAAAGAACAUUCUGGCUUGAGCUUUGGGCAUGAAUUCCUUAUCAGCUUUUAUUUUGUUAAACUUCAGACUCUUCCAAUGUCAUUUAAUGUCCUCUCUUUGAGUACAUGCCCCACAACUGUAGAAGCCUAAGGUUCUGUGAGCAGAGUGGGGUCACAUGGGAUGACCCUGGAGGAGGCGAGAGACCCUCGUAAACUGCCUGGGUCCAGUCUCACUGGCUGCGUAUCUGCGCCCUCCCCACUCUGUGUCAAUACUCAACUUCCUGCUCCUGAAUACAUUUGAUAUGGACCAUCCAAGGCAAAGCAACCUGGUUAUCGUUCACGGAAAGGAAAUGUGAGAAGCUAACCAGAAUCAUCUAGAGGGAUAUGUUUGCUUGGUCGAUGAGAAAAACUCUGUGCUGUUUUCUCUGCUCCUGGACACAUGGGGGACAUUCUCCAAGUACCAGAAAGGACGAUACAAAGUGUGUAAACCCUUGUAAAGAACAUUAUUGAGAUGCCUCAGUCUAAACACGAUUUAGUUGUAAGAACAUUUCUCUCCUCUCCGCACACAGGGUCAGAUUUAUGAAAUCUAAACUGAUGGUCUUUCUUAUUUCUCCUUUUAACAAUUUUUAAUCCGUUUUUUUUCCCUUUCUCUCAAACAUUUUUAUUGUCGUGCACUUUUCACAUUUCUUCCACUGUGGAAUUCAUAAAGAAAGCAGCACUUUCUUUCACAAAGAGGCCGGGGGGUGUGUGUGUCAAGGAGGGCCGAGGGUUGUGGGGUUAUCUUCACUCUGAUACCUUGCAUGCCGUGCGAGCUGAGCGCCAAGCUCUCCAGCGCUCUGUGAUAAGAAGGCGUUGGUGCUGAGAAACACGGCAGUGGCCAUUCCAGCCAGCAGAGGAGGCAGGGAGGAACAGCUGACAAGAUUCCACCGGACUCGAACAUCACUCCAGCUCUCCACCCCAGUCUGUCUUGAAAAAGAGGAAUUAUUGUUUACGGACAUUGAUCCUUCCCCCAUGACUCCCCCCACGCACUUCCUCUGUUUUACCAGACGUACUCUUCAUAGGUCUCACAUGUUCCUCUUUCACACAUAAGGAACAGAUUCCAGCUUGGACUUCUGGUGGACUCCCAGGGAGAAGAGAUGGCAGCACUCCACGUAAACACACAGAACCCUUUAUGAUUCUUAUAAUCCCUCAAUAAGUGAUGCUGAAGUGCUUAAUCGAUUCUGAAGUGGUUAGUCAAAGCAUGUGGAGACGCCACUGCAAGGACAAUCGGCUGCUCCCUGUUAACAUUCUUGCCUUCUUAACAUCUUUAGUAUUGUGGCAGUAAAGUCACUGAGAAGCUUUCACCCAGAGCAGACGCCGUUAUGGUGGUGGGUAUGUGUACAGUUCAGAGUAUACCAUAUACCAGUCGUGAAUGGGGGACAUUUUUAGACUAAACGGUGUUAACACACAGUCUCAUGUCAACUGGUUCUGCCAGGCUUCACUUGUUGCACUGACACUGCUAGCUUUCACUCGUUGUUAGACACACUCACUACGUUCAGUUGAUUGGGCUUUUUAGCACAGUGUAGAGCUGCAGGUUAUCUUCGGUAGGUUGCUUAUAGUAAACUAGAUCUCCCCAGCCCACUGUGAGAAACAGGGAUUAUUCAUGUUGCCUAAAACGUUGCCCAUAUAACUGACAUCAUGCCAGCCUAUCAAAAAGCUUCUGAAAUAUGUUUUUUGUGCUGCUGCUUUUAAAAAAGGCCUAUUUAUUGAUUAAUUUAUUAAUUUUAUUGUGUCCUUUAAGUGACUUUGUAUAGCAGUAUAUGUAAAUAUAUACAUUACAUAUAUAAUUUACAUGACCUUAUAAUGAGCAGUAUAUAAAUAUGCUUUUUUUUAGAUAUCACGUUCAGCUCAGAUAAUGCUUGUAAAAUGCUUAAGCUAAAAAAUGUAUGACAAAAUGCCUUACAACGGUUGAGUUGCUACAUGUUGACAGUUGUGCAGACCUUUUGCAGAUCAAGGACCACUUGAACACUGUCUACUCCAACACACCAGAUAUUUUUAGCCGUCACACGUUCAAGGCCCUUAUUUAGACCCAGCUUCCAAGGGAGGAUUUCAUAACUUUUAACGCUUCCCCUGCGAACGGCAGCUGUCUGGUUUGGGGUCAUAGUUGACUCGUGUCAAACCAGCUCAAUGUUUUCGGACACUGGCUA